AUGGGUUCGGCCGCUUGUAUCGACUAUUAUGCUGGAUGGGUCGAUAAAUUUACCGGUGAAACGAUUCUAUCCACACCAGACAUGUUUAUAUAUACGCGACAUGAACCGGUCGGUGUUUGUGGGCAAAUUAUUCCAUGGAACUAUCCGAUUUUAAUGUUAGCCUUGAAAUUGGGACCAGCAUUGGCUUGUGGUAAUGUGGUCAUUUUGAAACCAGCUGAGGAGACACCCCUUACUGCUUUGUACUGUGCUUCUCUAAUCAAAGAAGCUGGCUUUCCACCUGGUGUUGUCAAUAUUGUGCCAGGUGAUGGACCUGAAUGUGGUCAUGCGAUUGUUGUUCAUGAGGAUGUUGACAAAAUAUCUUUUACAGGUUCAGUUGAAGUCGGCAAAAAGGUUCAAGAAGGCGCAGCUAAAUCAAAUCUGAAACGAGUAACACUUGAGCUUGGUGGAAAAUCUCCACUAAUCAUCUGUGAAGAUGCCGACGUUGAUUUUGCUGUUUAUGUCGCUCAUGAAGCGAUCUUUCAUAAUGCAGCACAAAACUGUAUUGCUGGAUCGCGUACAUUUGUGCAUUCAAAAAUAUACGAUGAAUUCAUAGCGAAAUCUGUUGCACUAGCAAAGAAGAGAAUCGUCGGUGAUCCAUUCGAUCCAAAUACUCAGCAAGGUCCACAGAUUUUUGGACCAGUGAUGUGUGUGCUCAAGUUCGAUUCAUACGAUGAGGUAAUCGAACGAGCCAAUGCAACGAAUUUUGGUUUGGUUGCUGGUGUCAUUACAAAAGAUUUAACACGAGCUCUGAAAUUUGUACAAGAAUUACAAGUAGGUUCAGUUUGGGUAAAUACUUAUGCCGCAAUGAAGUUUCAAGCUCCAUUUGGUGGUUUCAAACAAUCUGGCCAAGGCCGAGAGUUGGGAAAAUAUGGUCUUGAACCAUAUUAUGAAGUGAAAACAGUUGUGAUGAAACUCUUAUCAAAGAUGUAG